GUUUCUUCAUAAAAGAAGAAAAUGAUUAAACGGGUUUAUCCGAUUUUGUCCGAACGCGUAAUGAUUUAAAAAGCUAAAUAAGAAAGGAAAACAAAUCUACCCUUAUUUAUAAAUCUUAAUUAUAUGUAAAAACAUAAACUCUACAAAUAUUUUAACAGAAAUUACUCAAAUCAGUUAUUUUACAAAAAUAUGUAUUGGAAUGGUAUAUAGUCAUGUCUAGUUAAAUAUAAAAAGGUAGAAUUCUGAACUAUAAGGUGAGCCUUUUUGGCUAUGAAAAGGCAAAAUGUACGUACCUUGUCUUUAGUUGUUUGCACCUUUACUUAUUUAUUAAUAGGAGCAGCUGUAUUUGAUGCUUUAGAAUCCAAAGAAGAAGAAAGGCGAGAUGGAUUGCUUAAAGUAUCAUCCAAUGCAUUAAAAAGAAAAUAUAACAUAUCCGAGGAAGAUUAUCGUAUGAUUGAACUGGUUAUUAUUGAAUAUAAACCACAUAAAGCAGGACCACAAUGGAAAUUUGCAGGAGCUUUUUAUUUUGCCACUGUAGUUUUGGCGAUGAUUGGUUAUGGCCACUCAACACCAGUCACCUCAGGAGGGAAAGCGUUUUGCAUAGGAUAUGCUGUGGUGGGUAUUCCCCUUGGCCUUGUUAUGUUCCAGAGCAUCGGUGAGAGGCUUAACAAAUUCGCUUCCAUCGUCAUCAGACAAAUCAAAAAGUAUUUAAGCUGCCAAAGGGUAGAAGCCACCGAAAUGAAUUUAAUGUUUGCUACUGGUAUGCUCUCUUCCAUUAUUAUCACAACUGGUGCAGCUGUUUUUUCCCGUUAUGAAGGUUGGACUUAUUUCGAUAGUUUUUACUACUGUUUUGUAACAUUAACCACUAUAGGUUUUGGAGAUUAUGUAGCGUUACAGAAUGAUAAUGCCCUUAUAGAAAGACCUGGAUAUGUUGCUCUGAGUUUAGUAUUUAUACUCUUCGGCUUGGCAGUUGUUGCUGCUAGUAUUAAUUUACUAGUUCUUCGUUUCAUGACAAUGAACGCCGAAGAUGUCAAACGGGAUGAACAAGAUCUACAGUCCUCAUCCCAUCAUGUUCUUACGCUUGAUGGAGAUGUCAUGGCAGUAAACGGAAAACUACUUCAUCCGUUGAUAGCAGAGGGAGAAAUAGAUCAAAUGUCGGUAUGUUCAUGCAAUUGUUUGGGGCUGAAUCAUGGCGAAAACGAAGAAUUGCUACUGGACGGAAGUUAUUAUCCUUCUCAUACAGUUUUAAACUCUAAUUUAAAAAUCAAAAGAGCCUCAGUGUGACAUUUUUAAAGAAACAGAUUUCUUAUAUUUCUACCUAAACCGAAUUUUUACGAUUUUUACAUUUUGCAAUUUAUUACCAAACUGUUACAAACAUACAAUCAAUAUCGGUACUAUUUACAUGUAAAAUAUUUCUACACGCCACUUAUCUUUCCGCUAAAUCAAAGUUAAAUACAAGUAUUUAAUAAAUCAGGUUAUAGGUUACAGGGUUAACUGCGUCGAUGUUUUCAGGCCCGAGCUUUCGACGUUCUCUUUAACGUCAUCUUUAGAGCCUUCGGGGUCUCACUGUGUUAGGGUUGGCGCGAAGAUUCUUGACGGCGGGAUUUCGAUUGAUAGGUGGAGCGGACGAUAUUUUUUUUAGGAGGGGUGUCCAUGUCGAAGGCUGCCGUCAUCUCGUUUAUUUAGAAAAUUUGGUCUUUUUCGAUCCCUAUGGCUUCUUGGAUAAUUCUUGGUUUAUAGAAGCGGAUAGUGGCUAUGGUUAUAGAGUGUUCAAAGUCAAUUUUUGUGACCUGUAUGAAGAUGGUGUUAGCCUAGGGCUGAAAUUGACUCGGAAUUAAUGCUAUGAAAUGUCAUUAACGCGUCAAUGAAAAAACUAGAAUUAUUCGAGCUGUGGGUGUACAGAAGAAUUUUGAAAAUAUCGUGGACAAAACACGUCACAAACAAAGAGGUUCUGAGAAAGAUGAAUAAAGAAAUGGAAAUCGUAAAUACCAUCUCUGAUAUAUUACACGUGGAGAGAGAUAUAACUUACUCCAAUUGAUUAUGCAGGGAAAAGAUUUAAGGAAAAAGAAGCAUAAGGAGACGCAGAAUAUCGUGACUGCGCAACCUGAGAGAAUGGUACGGAUAUACAUCAAAUGAACUUUUCAGAGCAGCCGUUUCUAAAAUCCGAAUAGCUAUGAUGAUUGCCGACCUCCGUCACGGAGAUGAUACUUGACGAACAAUAUGGAAUGUUCAUAAAUCCCAUUUUGGAUUCUACGAUUGGCUUAUCCUAUAUGUAAGAUCGAGGACCGUCUGCACAAGGAAUUUCAUAAACUCUGUGCUGUUCAUUUGGGAAAUUGUCUUAGACUGAUCGGACAAAUGAUAAAAAAGUUUUUGUUAGGGAGUAAAAAUUGUCUUUAUUCCUUGUGGUUUGAGGAUUUUGUAGAUUUUGUCAGUAAAGCUGGAUUUAUAGUUUGGCGUAACGUAGACGUAGACGCACUGGAAAAGUUCAACACCGAAUUUUGUGUACUUUUAUUUAUAAACGAACGUAAACGCAUGACGGAACGUAAGAGAAAACGGAACGGAAGAGUUCGCCAACUUUCAUCUUUUCUUUCUGUCACCCAAAGUGAACCCGCCCUCAUCCAUUUAGUUGUUUAUCAACAUAUUCGAAUUUUGUUAAUUAUUUGUUACAAUGGAUGUUAAGUUAUUAAUUUAAUAAAAAUAUAUCAUAGAGUAAUUUCAAUAUUUCAGAUAAAUAUGAGUUGUUUAUUAGCCUAAUUCGGGGCUAUCCACACAUAUAUACCAUAGGUUUAUAAUAAAUCCAAUAAACAUUUUAAAGACCAGGAAAUGAAACAAAAUAGUUAGAAAUCCCACGGCACCGAGGAGCAUACCUUCGUGUAUUUCCUAAUGUCCUAAUCCAUGUAACACACAAAACGGAUAAAUAUUAUAAUAAAUAAUAGUAUAAAUAAAUAAACAAAAAGCUUGUUUACGGUUCGUAUAAUUUAUAGGCUAUGUUGUUGAAUUAAGUCACUGUUUCUACUCAUGCGCAAAAAUUCCACUACGUCGAUUUAUAAAUGGACAUAAUAUUGUCUUACGUUUCCAGUCCGUUUCUUACGUCUCCGUUGCGUCUACGUCUACGCUACGUCAAACUAUAAAUCCAACUUAACACCUUUAAUGUAAGGAAGAAAAGCUUUCGUAUGAUCAGUGCCCGAGUCUUUGGGUUGAGAUUGAGCGGGAGAUUGAAACUUUCGGGAGGGAGGCAAACUUUUAACCUGAUUUUAUAUUUAAAUAUUGUACGGGGAUGUUCUAAGUAUUCUUCACGUAAUGUUAGAUAUAGUUCUGUUAUGAUUUGUGAUAAUCUCAUAAAGGUAUAUCAUUCUAGUAAAUAAUACAUAUUGUAAUUUUUUUGGUUAGCAAUAAAUGGAAAUUUGUCAA